GUUCACUGAGCUCCUCCCUUGAAGCCGAGCAGGCGGGGAGGCUGGUACAUCUGAUAAAUAGUGCAAAACUUCAGCCCAGAAUGUGUGCGAGGCAGACAACUCCUGAGGACUUGUUACCAUGAGAUCCCACCUGAGCAGAGCGCUUGCAGUCUCCUGUAUCCUCUGCCUCCUCUGCAGCAUCACGGUUCAGUCAGCUACUGGACCCAAUGUUCAGAGGGAACAAUUAGUUCAACGAAUUAGGAGAUCGAUGCUUUGGCGUUGGAUCACUCAGAGGCCUGUUGGUGCAACCUGUAGAGACAACUCUGAAUGCAUCACCAAUUACUGCGCCAUUCAGGAUACGACAGCACAAUGUUCUUUACAAACGUUUUCAGAGUAAAAACGAAGAUCCAUAAACCAAUCUUCAAAAGUAUUUUUCAAAGCAAAGGAAAUGAAGUCAAUUUGCAACGUGAAGUAAUUCCUUUCCAAGAAUGGGAAAGAAACAGCAAUACAAAAUGAUCAGUGAGGCUACUGUAAGCAGAAUAUUUAGUGCUGCAGAAUAUGGAAUUAUCCUGUUCAUGAUCU